GACAAUAAAAGAAGCGGGUAGGCCUAUUAGCCAUGUUGUUGUCGUCAUUCCCAUAACAAAGCUUAUAUCACCACUUUCCUCAUUUCUUCGUCACGUUGAUUCCUUCCUGCCUGGUCACCUGCUUUGCCUAAACGUCCUAUGUACCCUCCACCUACAUGGGGCUGUCUUGAUUUAAUCUCUUAGUCGGAACAGAAUAUCCAUGGCGACCACAUUCACAUGGACUUUUUCCAUGACUCACUAAGUUUACCUGGCUCGUCGGCGGGACUUGCUUCGAAUGCAUCGGCGAAGAAGGCGGCUUCGAGGUCGACGAGAUCCAAUGGCGCAAGUACGCGUCUGUCACCGUCGCUCAUCAAGGCACUUCGGGAUCCUUACAACUUGAUCGGGACGAAAGCGGUCGACUCCGGCAGUCAGAGACAAAGAGCCGAAGGACCCCAACUGGGAGACAGCGAGUGGCGGAGGCAGGUGUUGAAUCUGAAGAUCUCGCAGGCAAAAUGCUACACAGACUGGCUUUCGGCAGCUUCGGAACUCGACACACUCGAAGGCAGAGAUGGCUGGAAAGAGCAAGAGGAGUGCGACGAGUAUGACACUGCCUUGCUCAAGGCACGACUGCAAGAGCUGGAAGAUGCACGCAUCAGCUGCGACACCAAGCGUAUGCUGUUUCUGGCCCGGACAUCCUUGACAAGAGACCUUGGAAGCAUGGGCGACUUGCACUUGUACAAACACUGCAGAGUUGGCACCAAAGCCCUCAUCGAACGCUAUAUCUCGGCCGCACUGGAGAUGCUCGAGACGAUCGUCGACAUGUGCUCGCCCGCGAACAAGAGAGACACGGACGUCGAUGUCAGGGAAGUGUACGAGCAACUGCUGAGCGCUAGACAAGCCUUUGGAAGAAGUGCAUUGCUUCUCUCAGGCGGCGGUACACUUGGCAUGAAUCACAUAGGAGUGCUCAAGACUCUCUUUGAAGCCCAUCUACUGCCACGCAUCAUCUCGGGCGCAUCGGCUGGCUCCAUCGUCGCAGCGGUACUUUGCACAAAGACCGACGACGAGAUACCUCAAGUACUCCGCGACUUCUGCUAUGGCGAUCUGGAUGUGUUUGAAAAAGAAGGAGAGCCCGAAAACGUCUUGAAAAAGGUCUUUCGCUUCUGCACAAAGGGUGCUCUUUUCGACAUCUCCAACCUCGUACGCGUUAUGAAGGAUCUGCUAGGAGACAUGACCUUUCAGGAAGCCUACAACAGGACCAGACGCAUUCUCAAUAUCGGUGUGUCGACUGCCAGUUUGUAUGAGCUGCCUAGGCUUCUCAAUUACAUCACCGCCCCGAAUGUAAUGAUCUGGUCCGCAGUAGCUACGAGUUGCUCAGUCCCGUUCAUCUUCUCACCCGCACAGCUCCUAGCUAAAGAUCCUCGGACUGGACUGGAGGUGCCAUGGGAUCAGUCGCCGCAACGCUGGAUUGAUGGCUCUGUUGACAAUGACUUGCCCAUGAGUCGACUGGCAGAAAUGUUCAAUGUCAACCACUUCAUCGUCUCACAAGUCAAUCCGCACGUUGUCCCUUUCUUGGAGCGCGAAGAGCAAAUUUCCGCUUCCGAGUCUCAGUCCUCCAAAUUUGCCUUGUCUGCUGGACCAGGCUGGCUCCGCACCGUCGCUAACCUCGCCAAAGGAGAGGCUCUCCACCGAAUGCAUGUUCUUGCCGAACUCGGAGUACUACCAACCACAAUGUCAAAAGUCCGCUCAGUGCUAUCCCAACGAUACUCAGGCGACAUUACAAUCCUCCCCGAGGUCUCGUACACACAAUUUCCUCGCGUCCUGAUGAAUCCGACUACAGACUUUAUGGCUCGAGCCAUGCUCAGCGGCGAGAAAGCCACAUGGCCCAAAUUGUCACAAGUUAGGAACCACUGCGCCAUCGAACUAGCCCUCGACGUCGCCGUCCAAAAAGUCCGCUACGGUCUCGUAUUCUCACCUAGUCAAAUCGACCUCCGUCUAAACGCCUUCGCCUCCACAGCCACAGCAAACGAAUUCCAAAUCCGCCACGGAAGACGAGCCUCCCACGGCAGCCCACCAGAAAGCGAGCGUCCCCAUCUCCUCACCGUGCCCUCACCUUACUCUCUCCGUAAACCGAGCAUAGCAGCACACUUUUCUUCGCAACAAGUUCACCAUGACGAUUUCACCUCUGGUCAAGAAACCGCCGUGGAUUCAGAAGACGCAGAUUGGUCAGACUCCUCCCUCGAAGCAUCCCCCCGCCCGACACCGAAACUGUGGCCUCCGAUUUUCGUAUCGAGAUCGCAGCCUGUUACGCCAAACGUCCACGCCAAACUUUACAUGUCUAGUUCUUCGGCUUUGGUGCUUACGAGGAGGAUGGAUAAAGAGGGUGAUGGUGAAGAGGCGGGGGGGCAAGGGCAAGGUGGGCAAGGGUAUAAGAGUGUUUUUCAGAAUGCGAGACCUUGUGUUGAGGAGGGGGAGGAUGUUAGUGGGACUAGGGGGAUGGUCAGGAGGAAGAGGAGUUUGACGACGGGGUUUAGGGGGUUGUGGCCGCCGGAGAGGUAGUUUCUCUCCUUGUGACUCUUUUCCUUUCUCUUCCCUUUGUUCACGGUUAGGAUGGUAUUGUUCCGGUGUCUUUGGUUUUUCUCGAUCUCCUUUGUUUCUCUCGGUAGGCGUU